AUGUCCCGCCCUACACCUCGACCGACUUAUGCCCCCGACCCUAACGGAUGGAUAGACACCAUCCCCUCAUCAUCCUCUUCAUCCCGUCGACCGACACAACGUCCGUUGCUAUCGUUCAACCACGGUAUAGCUACACCUUUGAGCUCGGGAUAUAAAUCGGCCAAACCUGGACCUGGACCCAGUGCAAGUGCAAACAUCAGAAAGCGACUGUACGAUCAAACGCCUCUGGGACAGGUGAAAGAUAGACAAGGAACUCUGAAUAGGUACUUGAAUACUCCUUCAACGAUGUCCGACAAGGAACGUAAACUACCGCUGAGCGAUAAAGAUGCACCUGUACAAUCUCAUAAUUCGGUCAGAAGCGGGUUGAUCUUUGGUAGCAAUCAGAGAAAUCAGACGGACCAGGGACAAGGGCGAGGUGUUCAAGGAAGUAAAUUAAAGGUUCGGGAUGAUUUUUGGCACUCCGAUGAUGCAGAAGAAGAAGAUUUGCAGAAGAAGGCAACUUUAAUGAUGGCUAGUCAGAUCAGGGGUAAAUCUCAGAGGAAGGUUUUGGAAAAAGAGAAUCAAGUGCGGUUACCGCCCAUCAGUCAGCAGCGAUCUCUCAAGAAGGAUGAAGUCGCAUCUGCGAAGACCCAUAAAAAGACGGAUGAUCGGCCUGAAAUUUCUUCGUCGAGCAGACGGAGGACAUCUGAGAUUGUUAGGAAUGUUAUAGAGCCCUCUUUGCCGCCUCCGGCACAAUCGACCAGAUCUCACGACAAAUCACUAAGAUCGCAAGAACGUGGCAUGACCGGAACACCCGCCCAAUCUACUCGUUCUCACCACCACAGAUCACCUUCACCUACGCCUCCUCGGAAGUCUCCUUCACUACCUGAACUCACACCAUCACUAUCACCCGAGCCGGAAACUGAACCUACUCAGCCUCGUGCGCCCUCAUCAUCCCCUGGUCCAUUCGAUCCGUUGCCUCCUACAGAGCGUACACCUUUGAUUUCAAAAAUUUCUUCACCACCACCACCACCUAUCACACCUAUACCCGAUUGGGUCAUGAACAACCACCGACAAGUGAACGGUAGGAACCCUUCACAGUUCGCUGCUAUCCCUUCGCCCUGGCGUAGGAGGGACGAGCACCCACAUCCGCCUGAUGACGAGCCACCCCAGGCUAGCGACGGGAAGAUGAAAAAGAGGAAACGGGAGAUUAGCAAAGAGGAAGAGGUCAAUAGAAGAGUUCUUUUAGCUGCUCAUGAGAAAAGGCAUAAGACGCCUUCACCGGGGAAAAAGGAGAAGAAAUUGGUCGAUUUGUCUUCUUCUGAUCCCCCGGGUUCCGAACCUAUGCUUGAAAACGAAGAAAAGAAAGCUCCCAGCGAGACUCCCUCUCCCUCAAACAAACGAUCAAAAGCAAGUGGGAGGGAAGGAAGAAAAGCGUUGACACCUAUCAAAGUCAAUGCGUUGAGAGGUACGAUCAGUUCUUCAAAUAUCGGCAGAAAGCCUUCGCAGCAAUCUCCCUUCACACCUCGCAGCAGACCGAGGAAAGGUCUACCCAUACCUGUUUCACCACUACCGCGAGAUUCUAUAAUGCAAAUGCAAAGAGAUCAAUAUACCGAAAGGGAAAGGUCGUUAUCACCUUCACCUAUCAAGGCUACUUCCAAAGUAUUUCCAAGAUUAUCAGGCAAAUCACCUUCCUCUGCUACUGAUCUUACCAAUCGAAUAGACGAGGUUGAAGAGAGAGAGCAAUUACAUGCAAGAUUGAAUAAAGCAGAGAAUGUUGGUAGAGGCUCUGAACCGCCCCAUACUCCUCGGAAGCCCUCUCCUAAGAGGUAUCAUCGUCAGAUCACUUCUUCUAGAGCUCGAUCCAUCCGACCCAGAUUGACGGAAAGGCAGGAAACACUUUUCGUACUACCUGAUCCGCCUGCCCAACCUCGAUUCCCUACGCCUCGACGAGGAGGAAAAGCGGAUGAUGGUCCUAGGGAAUGGAAAGCCGCUGAGAUGGAGCCUGAGACACUAUUAUAUUGGGGGUUGGAUCAUGAGUCUGUGGACACUAAGGAUGGGAUUGAAGCUCAAGAUAAUGCAUUGCCUGAAGAAGAAGUGGCGCAGGAGCAAGAUGAACGGGAUAGGGUACAGAGCCAAUCUCCAACUCCCGAACCUCCCCUGUUCAGUCCGGGUUUGGAGGAUCAUUCGCCGGAGCACGGGAAGGACAGAAGACCAAGUUUCGGGCAUAGAUGGUCAAGUAAAAGCAUUGAGCCUACUGCCCUAUCUCAAGACUUUCCUAGACUAUUGGCUUCUUCCCCCACUCCUUCGAACAAGGAGGACAAAUCCCCCUCUCGUUCCUCUCCAUCAUUAGCUGGGAGGCGUCACGAUGGUACGGAUAAUGCGACACGGGAAGACCCUCAAUCAGAUGCGAUGAAACCGAAACCUGCCUCGAGCUCACAAUGGGAUCAUCUUAAUCGUGGAAUUCUAGCCGCUGGUACAUCACAACCACCGAAAGCUUCUCAGAAGCAGAAUAAGAAGAGAAAAUCCCGCUCAACUGCCGACGAAAAGGAACAACAGAGUAAACUUGCUUCGUUUGGAUUUUUCAAUGAUAGACCUAACAAAAGGAUGAAUAGGGAUUUUGAGAAGAAAUGGGAAGAUGAGGAAGAUCUUGAUAUUGAUAUACCUGAGGACGACCAGGUCAUCGAAGCUGGCCAGGAAGAAGAGAAAGGCAAAGGCAAGAAAUUGGAUAAAGUACCUUCACCACCUCUUCAUCCUUCUUUACGACCUGCUGGGAUCAGAGAACUGCAAAGGCGAGAAGGGGAGAAAUCUAGAUCUGGGUUUAGGGGAUCACCAGAUCAAGGAAUUACUCCAAAUAGGAAGAACACUACUACCACCGCUGCUGCUGCUGCUAUAACUUUGUCAUCGCCCGAACCACCUUUAUUUGAUGUGCGCACAUCCAGUCUGACGAGCGGUACUGGUAGCUCUCAGACUAGUUGGUCAAAGACUCCUGGAUCGACGAGAGAAUGGUGGGACAAGUUGGGUAACAGACGGACGAGCGAGUUUGGUACUAUGGAAUGA